AAGGACUCCAUUUGGCCAAAAGAAUAGUUCACAUUACACACUCUAUGAAACAAUAAAACUUCUUUCUCUGGACUUUUUGAAGCUCUCUCUAUUACUCCAAGGGUUGUUGUCUACCUUUCAUUCUCCUCAGGUUGGUGUGGUUGCUUCAAAUGGAAUUGUUACCAACAUGGACUGAAACAGGCGCACGCCAUCUCGUUAUGAGAUUUUUCAAAAAUUUCAUCCAAACAGGAUGCAUAAUCUUGUUGGAAGAAGGAGGUUCAACUUUCACGUUCCAAGGCACGGAGGGGAAAUGCUCUCUCAAAGUUUCGCUUACAGUUCAUAGUAUGCAGUUUUACUGGAAGGUUGCAACUCGAGCUGACGUAGGUCUUGCUGAUGCUUUUAUUCAUGGAGAUUUUUCUUUCGUUGAUAAGAACAAGGGUCUUCUUAAUCUUAUCAUGAUAUUUAUUGCCAACAGAGAUUUGAAAGCAUCUGUUAAAACAUCUAACAAGAAGAGAGGCUGGUGGACACCACUGUUUUAUACAGCAGCACUAUCAUCUGCAACAUAUUUUAUUCGUCAUGUUUCAAAUCGGAACACCCUGACUCAGGCUCGUAGGAAUAUAUCUCGUCAUUAUGACCUGAGCAAUGAACUCUUCUCACUCUUUAUGGAUGAGACAAUGCUAUACUCAUGUGCAAUAUUCAAGAGUGAGGAUGAAGAUCUUAAAGUUGCACAGCGGAGAAAGAUGUCUGUUCUCAUCGAAAAGGCAAAAAUCAGCAAAGAACAUCACAUUCUAGAGAUUGGAUUUGGAUGGGGAGGUUUUGCCAUUGAAGUUGUCAAGAAAACAGGAUGUAAAUAUACCGGUAUAUCUCUCUCCGAGCAACAACUGGAGUAUGCACAGUUGAGAGUUGAGCAAGCAGGUCUUCAGGAUCAAAUUACACUUCUCCUAUGUGACUAUCGCCAAAUGCCAAAUAAGGACAAAUAUGACAGGAUUAUAGUAUGCGAGGUGUUAGAACAUGUUGGUCACGAGUUCAUAGGGGAAUUCUUUAGUUGCUGUGAGUCAGCAUUGGCAGAAGACGGGCUUCUAGUUCUGCAGUUCAUUUCACUGCCAGACACAAUGUAUGACGAAUACAGGCUCAGCUCAGGCUUCCUGAGCGAGUAUAUAUUCCCAGGUGUAUGCGUGCCUUCAUUAAGUCGCGUAACAUCAGCCAUGGCUUCUGCAUCCAGACUAUGUGUAGUGCACCUGGAAGAUAUAGGAGUUCAUUACUAUCAAACACUGAGGUGUUGGCGAAAAAACUUCCUGAAUAACAAAAGCCAAAUUCGUGCUUUGGGAUUCGAUGACAAGUUCAUCAGGACAUGGGAGUACUACUUUGACUACUGUGCUGCUGGAUUCAAAACGCGCACUGUAGGAGAUUAUCAGAUUGUAUUUUCAAGGCCAGGCAAUGUUGCAACAUUUGGUGAUCAUCCUUACAAUGUUACUAUAUAGGCCUUCAGCUUAUUAGAGUUAUUCCUUUAUUUGAAUUACAUAUCGUAAUUUUUUCUUCGCAAAUAAAUCAGUUCUUCAAACACAGCAUGAAAGACUUUACAAAGACACAUCAUGUCUCAUUGGUUCAUGCUGAAUUAUGUGAUUAAAUUUCUUGUAUAAUUAUAUUGUGUAAACUUCUUUCAAUUACCUAAUAAAAGUUAUUCAAGGAAUUUUACUGUUA